AUGCUCAGAAUUAUUAAUCUGCAGAAUCAUCUAACAUGCAAUGGCUCUGUCUACAUCACUAUGGCACUGCAACAGAAGAAAAAGAGCAGGAAAACUGCUCCCCCUACGGUCUCUAUUUCUCUCAUAUGCGACUCGAUGAAUCAAUGCCCGGAUGCCCUUAUGCAGUUCAUCCACGGCAAUCUUUCUUCUGCGGAGAUAGCCUCGAUAGCGGUUCAACUGCAGAAAUCGUGCGUCCCGGAUAGACAAGUGCUGUGGACAGGAAUGACCCGCGAAGCGGCACAGAAGUGGGCAGAUGCUCAUGACUUGCAGACAUUGACUACUGCCAUGGGAGCAUACAUGGAUACCAAAAAUCAGCUCUGUCCGCAAAAGCAAAAAAGCCACGCGGCAUGGAUCGAUUACAUACAUGGCGCGUCUGCGCUCUUUGCUUUGCGAAUCAGUCAGGGCGAGGUUGUGACAGUGCUGUCUAACCCGCCACCCCAGCGUUUCCAUCCCGAUGGAAAUACCAGUUUCCAAUGCAUCGAGGCACCAAUCAUCACUGGGGAACUGGGGAACCGGGCAGUUACUAGAAUUGAAAUAGCCCAUCCGAAUGUCGCCGAAGCUUCUGAUUUCAGGUAUCAAAUCUGGCCGGAAGACGCUGUUCGCUCUUGGAUCGACGAAUAUGGUGAACGACCUCCAACCAUGCCUUGGAGAAAAGUUAAAAGAAGGAAGUCUCUACAGUCACCCCAUCCGGCGACAACAACCAAUUGGGCAUUUUACCAACUACACGAGCCGCUGCUAUCGCCGUCUGUAUCCCGGCCUGGAACGUGUAAACCGGUGCAGGAGGUUUUCACAUCCGCUGGCGGUCUGCAUCCAGAUCGUAUCGCGAAAGCACAGCAGCAUAAACGAGAAAGAGCCGAUUUAGAGGCUAAACUCGGGGCCAGAUUAAAAGCAUUUGGCAAAGUGAGAAAAGCUCAGCGAGUGAGUUUGCAUCAACAACAGAUAUCUGCCACGAAAAGUCUCAAAGGGAAAAAGAGGAAAGUUGCAAACAGAAAAUUUGAAGAAACGCGCAGAGCUCUGAAGAGGGAGCACGAAAAGAAACUUAUUGAAAUACAGCAGGACGAGGAAGUCGCCCGAGAGGCAAUGAAAAAGAGGCAUCGAGCGGAUAUGUUACAUCCCGAGAAACGAUGUUGUCGCCCUCAAUCACGGACAGCCGAGGCGCCGGACGCUUUUGCUCUUGACGUAGAGGCAAAUUUUUCCUGUUUUGAUUCGUCUCACAUGGUACAGUGGAUGAAGCAGCUUAUUCAUGCUUUUGUCAGUGCUUGGAAGUAA